ACGGAUCAACACAACAGAACAACAGAAGAGACCUCUUUUCAGUUCAAGGAUACUUUAUUCCCACUCACCUCUCCUUUGUGUGAUGGCUGCCGGGACCGCCACCUCUCUCCUACCUCCAGUGAAGAGCGUGGUGGUCUACAAGAAUGGAGACCCCUUCUAUUGUGGCCGCAGGUUUGUGGUGAACCAGAGACAGGUGUCCACUAUGGAGGCUUUCCUGACUGAGGUGACGCAGAGCAUAGGGGCUCCUCUGGCUGUGAGGAACCUGUACACCCCCAGACAGGGCCACCGCGUCACAGAGCUGCAAGAACUACGCACGGGAGCGCAGUAUGUGGCAGCAGGCUUCGAAAAGUUCAAGAAGCUAGAUUAUGUUAAUGCUGGUAUGAAGAAACAGCCAGCCACCCGUGAAGAGACCCAGACUAAAGUCAUUCAAAGGCCAAAUGUCUCAGCCAAAUGGAGGAAGUUCAUUCCAAUACCCUGCAUUAUACAUGUUUUCCGUAAUGGAGAUCUCCUGUGUCCACCGUUCCGCUUCAUCAUCCCUCGUAACAUGCAGCAGGACUUGGAGCAGAUUCUGAGUUUAGUCACAGACAAAGUUAGUCUACGGACCGGCGCUGUACGCAGGUUGUGCUCUCUUGAAGGAGUGCCCGUGUACUCUGCCUCUGAACUGGAGUCGGGCCACUCAUACGUCGCUGUGGGAACGGAGAGGUUCAAGAAACUUCCAUAUGAGGAGCUGCUGGUCUCAAAGGCUGCGGAGAGGCAUUACCCCGGGAAGAGGAGGAUGCUCCGGAGGAAUGAGAACAGAAAGGAAGUAAAUGGGACAGAAGACCAGUACAGCGACUCAGCUCUGCUUCACUCACCAGAGUCUGACGGCCGAAGAGUGAAGUCGACUGGAGAUGAAGCAACGCCCCCGCAGGCCUCACAGCAAAGAUACAGAGGAGUGAACCCAGAAGACCCAUCCGUGUUCUUCUCCAGACCCGUGAAGGUGCGCAAGAACAGAGGAUAUCCACUCACCAAUGGAGCAGCUCGGCACAGUGUGUUUAAAAGAGCGGGGCGGAGGAGGAGAGAGGAGGUGCGAGGAGCAGAGGAAGUGGCAGAGGAUGAGAAUACAGCCACUGAACUUCCCGUAGACCAGAGAGUGGCAGAAACGGUUGAGGAUGAGGAGCUAAUUGCCACAGAGCCUUUGGACAGAAAUCAGGGAGUGUCGUCUAGAACAGACAAUAACCAGAAGAUGUUUGAAGAUGCUGAGAACAAAAUGAACAACAGCACAGAUUCAACAGAACAUGAAGACACACAGGAUCAAAAAGAGACUCUUCCAAUGUCAAGACCUUCCUCUCAAGAAAGACUAACAAAAUCUCCCAGAGUAGAGAAUGCAAAGGAAGAAGAACAAAAGCAGCAGCCUCAAGACAUUGUAACAAAUGGAGUCGUCGUUUCAUCGUAGUAUCCAGCAUUGGACAAGGGCACGGGGAGUCUGCUUACUGAUACUUUGCAGCUAAUGUCAUCAACAUUAUCUGGGGGGUGUGACGCUAACUGAAAGCACUACUCUGUCUGAAGCUGUUACUCAAGUUAGACUUCAAUCUGAGCUUUGUUUUAACACAGAAAGAUCUGAUCUGUUUGGAACCACAACAGGGUUUUCAGUUCAGUCUCAUCUUUUUUGUUGAAAAUCAAACAUUUAAACAGGACCAAGAACACUCACUAUUAAUAAACUUAUUGUAAAUUUUAGUAUUUUUCUUGAGUUUUCAGACAAUCUUAAAACAUUUUGUCCGUUUGCUAAUGUGUGCAUUUUGUCACCAUGGAAACUGCUGAACUUUCUGCCAAUAGAAAUGCAUUAUAGGACACCCCAAGCCUGACGUCACUGCAAAGUAUCAGUUUGUGCGUUUAAAUGAAUCACACUAUUGUAUUGUGACUGAGAUAAAUUAUUCAAAACAUUGUAAUUGACACUCACCAUCACACCAUCUAACAUUUGGCUGUUUUCAGAUAACACUCGAGACAUCUGUUGUGCCAUGU